GUUAAAGCAAGUUGACAGCACUGCCAACAGUGGAACAACAACUUUCCGUGAGAUUUGAUACAAAUCUAAAUGGCAGACAAUGCAAAGUCAACUGAUUCUCCCAGCGAUAAUCCGUCAACAUCCACCAAUGUAGACAGCACACCGCUUUUUCCCCCAUCCAAGCCCGGUAAACCUGCCGAUUAUGGCACCAACAAUACCUUGGAGCUUCUGGAACGCAUACCCAGCCAAAUAGUCGAUCUGAAGCUGGACGAAGUACUUACGGCCGUGAAAACCGUGGAUAACCUCUGCGAUUACUCACGCUGCAAGACCAAAACCAGCUUAAUGGGUCAAGACUGCGAGCUGUGUAAAAAGCGUUUCUGUUUCAAGCACGGACUCCCCGAGGUGCAUGGCUGUGGCGUGGAAAAGAAGCGAGAGGCGCGAAAAGAAUUUUUAAAUCCCAAACCCAUAAAGACCAUAAGACAUGAGGAGGAUCUCAAAAAUGCUAAAAAGAAGCUCAAUGAAAAACUGAAGAACAUGCAAGUGGGUCGCAUGCAAAAGACGGGUGCGGGGGCUGGCUCAAAAAAGAAAAAAUAGAGAAUAAUAAUAAUGUAAUUUAAAAUUAUUAGUUAAACUCCUUGCAUAAACCUUAUUAAUUAGAAAUGUAUAACUUAUUACAGUGUAUUAU